UCUUCAACAAGACAAGAAGUCUCAACGUUUACGAUUUGACGUAUUCAGAAGCUCAGGGGGCGCACCAAAUUAGGGUUUCGUUUCGUUUUGUGAAAUCUCAUUAUUCAUUCACCGAUAAUGAUUUACGACGUUAACUCCCCUCUCUUCCGCUCCUUCCUCAGCCAGAAAGGAGGCCCUUCUGACAAAAGGAAAACGGAGGAGCAGAAGCCAAAAGAACAGAGACCAAAAGCCAGUGAGAAUAAGCCCGUUAUGACUGAAUGAGAAUGCGUUGGAGUGAGUUUGUUCUGUUUUGUUUUGAAAUUGGUCAAUAUUAUGGACACGCAUCGAAUUGUGAAUCUAAACCGUAAAUCACUUAAAAUUGUAGUGAACCUUCUUAUAAAUUUGCAAUGAAGAUCAUGUUGAAUGUGGUGGGAUAAUCUUGCCUCUACGAUAUAUA